AUGCCUCCAAAAAAAGGAAUAAAGCGAUCAAAGAUGGAGGAACUCAAGGUCGAGAAGAAGCCUCCUGAAUUUUUCAAAGUAUUCAAUCCUGAAACCAGCACUGAUAAAAUUAUGCUUCCAACGGCUUGGGCAAAGGAGAUGGAAGGAAAGUUGCCUGGGAAAGCACUUUUGAGGGAUCGCUAUGGCAAUAUAUGGCUUAUCAAACUUACUAAUGAUCAGGAGAAAACUUAUUUCCAUCAAGGGUGGACAACAUUCAUUCAUCAAAACUACUUGGAAAAAGGAGACUUUAUCAUUUUUAAGUUUGAUGGAAUUCGUGUCUUCAAUGUCAGACUAUUGGGAUAUGAUUCAUGUGACAAAAGAGGAGUUGGAAGUCUUAAAUAUAAAUUAGAGGAAGAGGACGAAGGAGUAGUAGCAGUUCAUGAUAAUGAGGAUGCCAAUAAUAAUAAUGUUGAUGGAGAAGGAGAGGAAAGUGAUCAGCCUUUUAACGCCCACAAUGUCUCAAUAAAUGUCAGAGGUGGGAAUGGAGAAGACGAAGAAUAUCGUUGUUGGAAGAAGAACAGACUAGUCGAUCCCUUUGGCUUUAAACUUUUCAACUCUGGAAAAGUUCGUAGACCUGAGAAUCCACAUUUCGUCACGCAAAUAAAUCCAACAAGGAGAUAUGGAUUGCUUGUGCCUCUUGAAAUUAUUAAAGUUUACCAUCUUGAACUGCCGGUGAAGACCUUCUUACGUGACCAUCGAGGAAGGGAAUGGAAGACAGAUCUUAUUGUGUGGAAAGAUAAUCGUUCAUGGUACCACAAUGGAUGGAAGGAACUUUGCCAAGUAAAUCUCAUUGAACUAGAAGAACCAUGCAUCUGUGAAUUUGUCAAGUGUGAAGAAAGAGGUAGGCGAGGAAGAUGGAAAAUGGUGAUUGUUCUUGGUGGGGAAAUGGUGGAGCGGUGCGGAGAGGAGCAGCAGCAGUUUGGUGGCUGCACUUUUCAGCCGGCCCUGUUCUUCCGCCGCUGCAGCAGUUUUCUUCUCUCUGUUGUUGGUUGUCGCUGCUGCAGCAGUUUUCGUUCUUCUGCCGCCGCCGCUGCUGCUGCUGCUGGUUCAGUUUUUGUUCAGAUCCAAGCCACUGUUUCCACCGAAAUUUUGCAAGCCAUAGUUCGGCCCAAUUCUUCCCUUACCGCCUGCAAUGCGUGGCUCACCAUUGAGAAACUCUUCCACGAUCAGCUUGGUUCCCGCCUUCUCCAAUUGAAAUUGGAGUUUCAUAGCUUAAAGAAAGGGGAAUUAACCAUUAAGGAGCAUGUUACCAAGCUUAAGAUGUUGGCUGAUUCAUUAACAGCAGUUGGUUCUCCCAUCUCCGACGAUGACUUGGUGCUUCAAAUUUUGGCUGGUCUUCCUUCGACCUACCAGUCUGUCUCUACUACCAUUAGCCAUUGCGUUCUUUACCCAACUUCGUUGAAGCUCGAUCAAUGCUCUUCCUGCAUGAAGUGCAACUUCAGCACACGCUCCUUCUUCCCUCUCCACGGUUGCCAACGCUCUGGUCGUGCCAUCUUCCACUGA